GUUAUCUAUCGUACUAAAUGGCAUUGAUGCAAUAAGAGAGGCAUAUGUGAACAAGGGGGUUGUAUUUGCUGGACGACCAGAUGAGCCCCACACGUUAGAACUCAAUCCAACCAAAUCUGGUAUAUUGUUUAUGACAUACUCGGAAGCCUGGCGCAAUGAAAAGAAAGUAAUUGUCCGUGCCCUGAAAGCAUUUGAUUAUGGAUCUGCAAGUCUUGAGUCAAAGAUCCUUCUUCAAAUUGAUAUGAUGAAAGAGGAAAUAAACUUGAGACUUGGGAAACGUCAGGAUAUUUGUAAACUGGUAUCAUUUACAAUGUCAAAUACAAUGUCUUCUAUCUUGUUUGGGACAGAGUACAAAUUCUAUGAUGAAGAAUUGACAGGUUUUCUUGAAGAUUCUGCAGCAGCGAUGUUUCACUCUGCCCGUCUCAUGGGUGACAUGAACUACCUUCCUUUUCAACGCUUUCUUCCGAAAACCAGGGAAAGAAUAGCACAAUACAGGAAAGCCAAUGAUAAAAUGAAUGAGUUCUUCUUAAAACACAUCAACCAACACAAGGCAACAAAACAAAAUAAUAUUUGUCGUGACUUCACCGACAUGAUGAUUGAGGAAGCGAAUAAACAGAACAGUGCUUUGCUGGACUGGAAUGAUGAAUCAUUUUGCAACACACUCUCCGCUCUGUUUAUUGACGCUGUGGAUACAUCUCCAGUACAAUUUCACUGGCUCCUACUCUAUGUCCAUUACUUUGAUAAUGUGGCCGAUAGAAUUCAAAGUGAGAUUGAAGAGGUGAUUGGAGAGAGGCAACCAUCUUUGAAAGAUAAAGACAGAAUGCCAUAUACAGAAGCUGUGAUCUUCGAAACAUUUCGCAUGUCAAGUGUUGUCCCACUUGCAACAACCCAUUGUGCUAUGGAGGAUACAAAACUGUUUGGAUAUGAUAUCCCUGAGGGCAUAGAUGUAUUUGCCAACCUAUGGAGUGUUCAUCACGACCCAGAUGUAUGGGGUGAUCCAGAGGUUUUUAGGCCAGAGCGUUUCAUCAAAGAUGGGAUAUGUAUUCGCCAUGAAGCACUGAUUCCAUUCUCAAUGGGUAGGAGAGCAUGCCUAGGAGAACAACUGGCCAAAAAGCAGAUCUUUCUACUUUUGACAAGUCUUCUUCAACAAUACAAGUUCCAUUUGGAUGACAAACCAACAAGCUUGAAGGGGGAGUUUUCCAUUGCAUUAGUACCCCCACCUUUCCAGCUGAGGGUGGAACAGAGGUCCUAGUGAAAAUUAUGAAGAGUUAUUUAACUGUUACAUAGCUGACUUAUGUUAGAUAUGUUUUAUCAAACAUGCAUUUAAAUGACAUUGAUGACAAAAGGGGAAUAGUACUUUUGGUUU